CGCUAAAGUAACAUCUGUUAGUUGUUUUCGCUUUGACAAUACUCGUCCAGUGCAUCACAUUGUAACUAAUCUCCUAACAAAAAAACAGUUUUGUUUAGAAUAGAUUAUUAACAGCAAUACAAAAAAUAAAAUCACCAAGAAAUUUUCUUGUCAAGAAAAAAAACAGAUUCACAAUGAAUUCAACGGAGAAUGAUAACAGAAAUACCCAGAAGUUUCAAAAAAAUCUUAAUGAAACAUUAGAAGAAAAAGAAAAAUUAAAAAAUAUAUUAUCAUCAACGAAAACUGAAUGUAACUUAUUAAAAAGUCAAAUUGAAUCAGCAACAGAAGAAUUGAGAAAAGUUAAUAAAGAAAUUCAAGACAUACAAAUUAAGAAAAAAUUGUUAAUAAAAAAACAAGCUAUCAGACGACAAAGAGAACAAAAGGCACAAAAAGAUUUAUACUCACUAAUUUCAAAUAAACAAAAGAUUGAAGAUUUGAUAAAAGUUGAACGUGAAAAUUCUUUGAAUGAAAGAAUUCAUCAACUACAGGAAUGUAUUAAAUAUUCAGAAGACCAUUGGAUUUUUCGAUAUUUUAAUGAUAGAAAUUUUGAAGAUGAGUCACGAAAAGAAGAGAUUGAAGGAAAUGAAAUCGUUCUUAUUGAAAAUAAACAAAUUUAAUAUUUUACUGUUUGUUAAUGUUAUAGCUGUUGGUUUUUAUUGGUAAAUAAAUUGAAGUUGAAUUCA